AUGAAAAACUAUAAUUUUAUAUUAAUUAGUCUUUUUAUAAUAUUUUUCAUAAUAUUAAAUAUAUCAAGCAAUAAUAAUAAUUUUACAAAUGCUGAAGAAAUGACAGGAAUAAAUGAUAUAAUAAAUAGACGUUACCAAGAGUAUAUGGAAAAUAGAACACCAAAUGAACAACAACAACAACAACAACAACAACAAAAUAAUAAUAAUCCUCCACAACACAUAGAUCCUUUAGUUGGUAACCCCUGUAAUCAUGACCAAAUAAUGCAAGGAAGAAUUUCAAAAUUAAAAGAAAAAUUAAAAAAAGAUCAACAAAAUCAACAACAAAAUUAA